AUGGAGCACGGCUUGGAAAUAACAGAGGAUACUCUCUAUGGUCUAAGGCUCAUUAAACUUCUCUUUAAUGGCGGAACAGAGAGGUUAAGAAAUUUUUUUGAUAGCUGUGUGCCAAAACUGCAGCAAUUUCUUAAAGUCAAAGAGGCUGACAUAAAAAAGCUCAUUCAAAGAAAAAUCAUUAACAAGUCACAGAAGGACAAAUUGUACCCGCCCGUUGGAUCUCCUUCGUCCAAGAAUUUCGAUAUCUCUCUACUUUACAAUUUACUUCGAAAUGUUUGUGGGCUGCCGCCUCCCGCUGCUGGCUGGGGUAUCAAGCCUGCCCCUACGGAUCACACAGUUCAAGGCGCUGUAGAAAUGAUUCACUGGUAUCGCAACAAGUACAGUCAUCACUCAGUGAUCGAAGUUAAUAAAACUUCGUUCGAGGACUCAUGGAAAGAAAUUUCUGAAGCGAUGGAACGACUUGGUGAAGAUGCAUCUCGGAUUGCAAGCCUUAAAGUUGCGUCACUGCUGACCGGAAACUGCAUAGAAAGGCUUGCGAAGUUUGAUUUCUCCACCGAAGUCGAGUGUUAUUCGUCAAAACAUCAUCGUGGAACCCGCGAGUGGGUUUUCCGUCACGUGGACUCGUGGUUUCUCGAUCGGGGUUCAGAUUCGCGUGUUUUAAUUGUCGCUGGAAAUGCUGGCAUGGGAAAGUCAGUUAUUGCAGCAAAGUUGUGCAAGAAAAUGAAGGACCAGGGACUUCUUGGUGGUAUACACUUUUGCCAGCAUAAUAACCAGAGAAGACGGAAACCAGAGCUGAUGCUUCAGUCACUUGCAAAGCAUUUGUGUGAUUCACUUCCAGGAUUCAAAGAAAUUUUAACCGGUAGGAUUUUUAUUUUAAAAGUAGUUACGAUAUAUAAUUAUGUAAUGAAGGCUUCAAGAAUAAGGAUGCUAAGAGAGCUGCAAACAGUGAGAUUCCUAAAACACAAAGGAGGAAAAAUGACGAAAUAUUUUCCCAGUAUUACUUAUUUGUUUUGCAUUUAGAAAAGAGCAAAGGGGUAUGGUCAAAGAAGAUGCAGCUGUGCUUCCCUCCUCUUACCCACAGGUUACUGAUGAUCGUGAAUUUACCAUGACCACUUGUUAUGUGGCUACUUGGUCAAGAACCUUAUAAAAUAUAAUGUGGGUAUAACAAAGGAAUAGAAGAUAAGGCAAAUAAGUGUUAAAUGUGAUCAGUAGCUGAGGGGAUCGCAUUUAUUAUUUAUUUCCUACAACCCAAGCUCGUAUGUCGCGAUAUUCAUAUAUUCAUUUUCCUUUACUCACCAUCCCCAGGUCUAUUAUGAAAUUAUAAUUGACGUUGGCCGUGUAAUCUCAGUAUUAGCGUUUCUUUCUGGUCAUCGCGAUGAUCAGAGUUCGAGACCUUAUCAGGUCGGAUGUUUAUUUUCAUUUUCUUUUUCAUUGUCAAUUGCUACUGACAGCAGGUUAAACAAAACUGCGAUGAUCGCAUUGACGUUUUGUGAUUAAUUUUUACCAGUAAAACCCAGUGUUCAAGGUCAGUGUAUUAAAGGAUCUUUCUUGUGGAAAGUGAAAAUCAUCAAAGGCGAAAGUAGUUAAGCUUACUGUUGGAAUCGCUUAACUCAACAAUUGUAUGAUUAAUGUAGCUGGAAUGAUACUUAUAUAUUCAUUUCCUCCCGUUGUGUUUAACUUUUUAGUCUUUGUAAAAAUUCACGUGAUAAGUUAUACUUAGUAUUCAGAAGUGAGACAUUGUCUUUUAUUAAUAGGUCAGCUGGCCUCCGUAAGUGCUAACGAACUAGCGAGUAUGAACAUAGAAGAGCUGUUUACCCAUCUCCUUCAGGAGCCAACAAACAUCAUCGAGGACCCAGGUAUGAAUUUCCUGUUGUUGGUCGAUGCUUUAGAUGAAUGCGAGUACGAUGGAAGGAACAGACUGUUAGACGUUAUCAUGUCGCAGUUUCACAAGCUGCCAACUUGGAUAAAGUUUCUCGUGACAGGCCGACCAGAAAACCGGAUGGCCAAAAAGCUUGAGCAUUUAAAUCCCCUCGUCCUUGACGCUCAGGACGAAAACAAUCAGAAAGACAUUGAGAUGUUUUUCGAGGAUAGUUUAAGGGAUAUCUUACCAAGCUGUGACGUGAAGGAAAAUGUUCAUCGCUUUGUCAAUCAAGCCGAAGGGCUCAUGCUUUACGCGCACUAUUUUGUCCAAUUUGUCAAAGAAAAUAAAGAAACUGUGAAGCCUGAGGAUCUCCGCGACAUCUUCCCUCGUGGAAUUGCAUCCGUUUAUGACCAGUACUUUGGUCGCCUACAGUUGAAUCUCGGUGUCGAGAAUGGGCCUUUCUGCGACUUUCUAGCUUCAAUCGCUGCAGCGCGGUCUCCGUUGCCCGUCACGGUUGCUUCCAGAAUACUAGGAUUCUGCCGCGACACUGUAGAUGGUAAUUCAGGUCAGAUUCAAAAGAUCUCUGGAUCUAUCUCAACCCCACUGCCCAUUCGAAACGAGUGCAUUGAUGUUUUUCACAAGUCGAUCAUUGAAUGGUUUUCUAUCCCUGAAUUAUAUGGAAACCACAGAUUCAUAGUUGACGUGAAUCGAGGCAACGCCAUUCUUUCUAGUGAAUGUAUGAAGAUCUACCAGGCCAUUCAGAAUCGUCAUAAUGUCGUUGCUGAGAAAACUACGGAAGAAAACUAUGCUCUGCAACAUGGAACUUACCACUCUGCUGCCUAUGCAUGCGUGGAAGUAAGUGAAAGGCAAAGAAAUGAACUCUUUCGCCAUGCGUGCAGCCUAGAGCUCCUGUAUGCCAAGUUACAGAGCAAAGUUUGUGAUGUCUUUUCGAUCAUCGAAGAGCUUCAGUGGAUCAAGUCAGUUUUGAAUUUGCCAAAUGUCGACUCUAUGGAACUGGAUGACUGCAUAAAUUGCUUGAAGUGA